UCUGGCAAUCCCACUGUUUUUCAUCACAACAUUCAGCUGUUGAGGGUGUUUUGGGCAAUUUUCCGGGCUUUUUCACGCAUUUUCACAGAAUAAAAGUGCAUUUCUGAUCCCCAUGUGAUGCAUUCCACAGAUAAACAGUGAAUAGACACGCACAAAAGUGUGAAAAAUGUUCCCAAGUGAGUGUGUUUGUUUAGGCCGUUUAGGCUAAAGACCCGGACAAUUGUCAGUUUGUGGAGCUCUUCUGGAGGCUCCGCGCGCCGGCUUCCGGCCUCAGUGUGAGGCUUUCCCAACAGCGUGAGACGCCCAUGUGGUGGUGGUCAUUAUGAAUCCGACGAGUCUCUAUGUGUCAGUGUCGCGACUUGUCUUCCAGACGGACAGCCUGGAGCAGAACUGGACAGAUCUGUUUCGGCUCAUUCCGUACUUGCGGCAGUCGCUGUCCUGCUGCGUGUGUGGCAACCUCCUGAUGGAGCCCUACUCGCCUGACUCCCCGUGUCAGCACCACGAGUGCAAGACGUGCAUCGGCGGCAGGAAGAAUCUCAAGCCCUCCUGCUCGUGGUGCCGCGAGUACCAGAAGUACGAGGAGAACGUGCAGCUGCGCAUCCUGCUGCAGUGCUACAAGAGCCUGUGUGAGCACAUCAAGUCCUCGGGCAUCUACCAAGUGAUGAUGAAGCAGGUGCAGUCGAGCGUGAAGAUGAACGGCACUGGCGCCGGGGCGAGUCUGGUGGACAUCAUUGACGAGGGCGUGAUGUUCAAGGAUAACUUCAAGAGCACAGCCGGACUCUCCAAGUCCGCCUACUCGAUCCUUCCCUGUCUCUACACCUCCAUUCCCGUGUCGUCGAGCGCGCGGGAGCCCGCGAAGGUCGCUGAGCGCGUCAGCGUGGGGCCCUCGACGGUCACUACGGCGCUAUCGGUGCCUCGCCCACAGCCCAUCGCGCCCCCAAUGCAGCCCGCCAUCAAGACGGUGUCCAACGGCUCGGCCAUGUACUCCGUCCUCUACGCUGGCAACGGCAACAAGAUCACCAUCAAGCGCAAGACGGCGGAACCCACUCCGGCGCCGCCUCCACAGCCGCCCGAUCCGCAGAUCCCCGCCAAGGCCACCCUGCCGUGCUUCAAGAAACCCUUCCAGGCCACUACUAAGGCCGCCGCCGCCGCAGCCAAGGCGGCCGCCAAGCGGAAGGGCUGCCGCUGCGGCAACGCCACCGCCACACCUGGCAAGCUGACAUGCUGCGGGCAGCGCUGUCCGUGCUACGUGGAGUCCAAGGCGUGUCUGGACUGCAAGUGCCGCGGCUGUAGGAAUCCCCACCGGCCGGACGGCUUCAAGGUGCGGCCGCGCAUUCCGGAACUAGAGAAUCUAGAGCUGAGCCUGGAUGCAGCCAGCGCGAUGCCGGACUUUGGUGGCCAAGCGGCGGAACCCUUCCAUCAGAUGGAGCAGGAGUGCUCCAUGGUGGAUCAGCACAUCACACUGGAUCACAGUCCUCCCAGUCCUGUCGUCUUCACGUCCACCAGCCUCCAAGGUAACAUCCAGGUGCUGAACGUGUACUCGGGCAGCUUGUCUCCCGCCUCCACGACCGUUCCGGCGAUCCUCAUGAGCGAGACUCCGGCCACGUCGUCGACGUCCUCUUCCAGCACGUCCUCGUCGUACGCGCUGAAGGACAACUACGGCCUGCUGAACGCCGUGUUCGCGGAGGAGAUCGUGGAUUCGCAGGAUUCGCUGCUCACAGACGACGAUUCACGCGAGCAGGCGUCGGAUGAGGAUGAGUUGGAGCAGAGCGACAUGGAGAUUGAUAUCUAGGCGGCAUAUUAUGGAAA